AUGCCACUCCGGCGUCGUGCUGCUGUGCAGCGGAACGCAACGGAGUGGGGAGAUUGGGUCAAGGCGCAGAAGGCAAAUUUGGAGGCGAAGUAUUCGCCCCCGGGGAGUGCGCAACGGAAGAGAGCUAAUGGGCAGAACUUGCUAGUCAACCAGAACGCCGACUCAUCAUACAUCGGCUCAAUAGCCAUCGGUACUCCCGCUGUCGCCUACGACGUCAUUCUCGAUACUGGUUCCGCUGACCUCUGGCUCGCCGGCUCAACAUGUUCAACCGGCUGCUCACAGAUUCAGACUUUCGACACUUCCUCGUCUUCGACGUUCAACAACCUUUCAACUUCGUUCAGCAUCACGUACGGAAGCGGUGCCGCAGCCGGCGCACUGGGAAGUGAUGUAGUUCAGAUGGCAGGCUUUGAGGUAUCAAGUCAGACGUUCGCUGUCUGCGACGAAAUCUCUUCCGGCUUGCUUUCCUCACCCGCAUCCGGUCUGUUCGGCCUCGCCUGGCAAUCCAUCGCCUCCUCCGGCGCCACCCCCUUCUGGGAAGCUCUCUACGAAUCCUCCGUCCUCGACUCCCCCCUCUUCGCCUUCCAACUGACCCGAUACCAAAACGACACCUCCGCAGAGGCCCUCGAACCCGGUGGAACCUUCACCCUCGGCGCGACGAACUCGUCGCUGUACACCGGCGAUAUCGAAUACCAGAGCAUCCCGAGCAACGAGGUCGCGUAUUGGACGCUUGCGAUGACGGGCCUGAGCGUCGGGAGCACGAGUGUGGAUCUUGGGAGUGGGAGCGAGACGUACGCGGCGAUUGAUACGGGGACGACGCUUGUGGGAGGUCCGACGGAGCAGAUCGCGGCGUUGUUUGCUGGGAUUGAGGGCAGUCAGGCCGGGACGGGGAGUUAUGAGGGAUAUUAUCUCUAUCCUUGCGAGACGGAAGUGUCGGUGUCGCUCACGUUUGGCGGGUCAUCGUGGAGCAUCUCCCCGGCGGACUUCUUGCUCGCACAGGUCAGCGAAUCGCAGUGCAUCGGUGCCUUCUUCGAGUUCUCCAGUUCGAGCUCAGCUCCGAGCUGGAUCGUCGGCGAUACCUUCCUCAAAAACGUAUACUCCGUCUUCCGCGCAAAUCCCGCGUCCAUCGGCUUCGCAAACCUUUCCUCAACAGCCCUCGCAGCGAACGGCGACAACGACGCCUCCGCGCCCUCACCCACGAUCGGCUCCGUGUCCGCGAGCAUCACGGGCGGCACGUCGACGAAUAGCAAUAACGGCAGUAGUAGCAAUGCUGCGAGGGGACGGUUCGAGGCUGGGAUGGGUAUGGGUGUGGUGGGUGUUGUGGGGGCGGUCGUGUUGGGGGCGGUGGGGACCGUUAUGUUGUGA